AUGGCUCCCUCUAUCUCCCUCGACCACACCUUACCCGCGGUUGUCCCUGAGUCCAACGAGACCCCAGCUGCUUUCGCCCCUACCAAUGACCUCUUCUCCCUCGCGGGCCGCACAGUUGCCAUCACCGGCGGUGGCCGUGGUCUAGGAAUGACAUUGACCACCGCUGUACUCGAAGCUGGUGGCGAUGUCGCCUGUAUGGAUCUCCUGCCUGAGCCGAGUACAGAAGAGUGGGUUGCCGUUCAAAAGCUUGCGAAGUCGAAGGGCCUGCAAGCCACUUACAACAAAUGCGACGUCACCGAUGAGGAAGCUACCGAGACAUUGCUAGAAAAGAUCGCAGCUGAUGGAAAGGCCCGCAACAUGCCCUUGCGUGGUCUUAUCACCUGCGCUGGAAUUCAGCAGAUGGUACCCGCUCUUGAUUACCCCGUUGACGGGUACCGCAAAAUGCUCGAUGUCAAUGUGCUCGGAACGUUUAUUCCUGCCAAGCACUUCUCACGCAUCUUGGUUAAGGAGAAAGCUCCUGGAAGUAUUGUGAUGAUUGCGUCGAUGUCGGGCCAGAUUGCCAACCGGGGUUUAACCUGCACUGCCUACAACUCGUCGAAGGCGGCCGUCCACCAAAUGUGCCGAUCUGUCGCCCAAGAAUGGGGCCAGCACAACAUUCGUGUUAACACACUUUCUGCUGGGUACAUUCGCACUGCUAUGACAGACGCGUUACUCAAGGAGAAGCCCGAGGUAGAAGAGACAUGGAUGCGUGGCGCUCUUCUCGGUCGCCUAGGCGCUCCUGAGGACUUCAAGGGUCCUACAAUCUACAUGCUCACUGAUGCUAGUGCCUGGAUGACUGGUGCCGAUCUACGUGUUGACGGUGGACACUGUGCCUCGGCUUAA